AUGGAUAACAGUCGAGAUAGUGGGUUGGAGGAUUUAGGGUUUCAAUCGUUUUCAGAAAGGCUGCAUGGGGAUGUGUUUAUUCGGCAGCCGGCUCCAACUCAAAUACCUGUUAGUCUUGGGAAGGGUUUUGAGGGGAGGCCGAUAAGUUCUGAUGGUAAUCCGGUAUUGCCUAGACGAGGGGUUAUUCAGAAUGAUCAGAAGGAACCAAGACUGAUCAAUGUUAUUGAUGAAUUGUUGAAAGUGACCACUCCUGUUAACGACGCCGUUGAUGGUAUGGCAGGGAAGUCUAGUGGAGGAGCUGACCAAUCUGGUAGCCAAAAUAGAGCCUGGCAAUCGUAUGCAGCUAAACUUACGUCGUCCCAAUCAUCGCAGAAGGUAAACUUUCGGUACUUAGAAAACGAUCCGGCAAUUGAUGAUGUCGAUGUAAUGAUACCUAUUGAAUCUUUUCAGCAAGUUCAAGAUAGGUUUGCAAAUGUCUUGUUUGGUUAUUUUUUAGGAAAAAGAUUAGCUUUCCCUGUGGUAGAUUAUUUUGUUCGAAACAGGUGGGAUAAAUAUGGGAUUCAGAAAUGCAUGAUGAACGGGAAAGGUUUUUUCUUUUUUAAAUUUAACUCUAAGGAGGGGAUGGAUCAAGUUCUACAGGAUGGGCCAUGGCUCAUAAGGAACAUACCGUUAUUCUUGAACUAUUGGUCUCCAAACACGGAACUGAAAAAAGAGGAAUUAAAAAAGAUCCCGGUGUGGGUUAAAAUGCAUGAUGUCCCGUUAGCAGCGUACACUGAAGACGGUUUGAGUUUGAUUGCCUCAAAGAUUGGGGUCCCGAAAGUGCUUGACAAUGAAACAGCUAAAAUGUGCACUGAGUCAUGGGGUAGGAGUGGAUUUGCUAGAGCGAUCAUAGAGCUUGAUGCGGAGAAGGAAACUAAGGAUAACAUUAUGAUUGCUAUUCCGAAUGUAGAGGAUGGGGGGAUUCUAAAGAGUAACAUAAGGGUUGAAUAUGAAUGGAAACCACCUAGGUGCAACACUUGUAAGGUUUUGGUCACACAGGUGAGGAUUGUCCGAAGGAAAAAAGUGUCAAAGCAACAGUAUCAUGUUAAGGAGAAACCAAAAGUGAUAUACAAACCUAAAAAGAUAAAUGAUAGGCAGGAAGUGAACAAACCUAGUUCCUCUAGAGGUCCGACUAUUGAAAUCAAGAAUGCUUUCAGUGGGCUGAAUGGGGUACAUGAAGAGGAAGAGACGGAUGUGGAGGAGGUUAGGCUUGCUUCGGAUGAGGGGAUGCCGACCCUGAUGAAAGGAGAUUCGGGAAAUAAAACAGGUGCAAGCACACCUGCUGAGAAGGUGUUAGCCAUUUUGGAGUCUCAUGUAAAGGUUGCAAAUUUGGACAAGGUGUGUAAGAAUGUUUUUAGGAAUUGGGAUUGGGCUUCGAAUGGAGCGAUGUGUUCGAAAGGCACUAGAAUUAUUUUGGGGUGGCACAUGGAUAAUGUAGUUGUUAUGGUGGUUGAUGCUAGUAGUCAGGUUAUGCACACUCAGAUCAUGUUGAAACAUGAUAAAAAGAAGAUGUAUGUCUCGUUUGUGUAUGCGAGUAAUUGUUAUAAAGAAAGAAGGCAGCUAUGGGAGUCGUUGAAGAUGCAUAAGGGGCUGGUCAGUAAUUCUCCUUGGAUUAUUCUUGGCGACUUUAAUGUUGCUCUCAACAUUAAAGAUAAAUACAUGGGGAGUUCUACUGUUAAUUCUGCAAUGACCGAGUUUAAGGAUUGUGUCGAUUUUUUGGAGGUGUUUGAUGUUAAUGCUAGCGGUAUACAUUAUACUUGGAACCAGCGAUCAAAAAUGGGAGUGGGGAUUCGGAAAAAGCUGGAUAGAGUUAUGUCUAAUGUUGAUUUUACUGAUGUUUUUCCGGAAGGCCAUGCAGUGUAUUUGCCCUAUGGGGUUUCGGAUCAUUGCCCAUGUGUUUUGAAGUUGCCCUCGAGUCAAAAAGCUAAACCAAAACCCUUCAAGUUUACAAAUAUGUUGGUUCAUAAGAAGGAAUUUGUGGAGAUUGUGCAAAGGGGUUGGACCAGUAAUGUGGAUGGGGUUCCUAUGUUUCGGGUUGUGAAAAAAUUAAAGGGUUUGAAGCAUGCGUUUAGAUCUCUUUUACAUAAACAAGGAAACAUCCAUGGAAAGGUUUGUGAUAUUAAAAAAGAGCUGGAUAUUCUUCAAAGCAAGCUAGAUAAAGAUCCGAAUGAUAGUCAUCUUCGAGAGGCUGAAUCGGCCUGUUUGAAAAAAUAUCAAGAAGCUGCUCUUGAUGAAGAGAGGUUUUUGAAACAAAAAGCUAAACAGAAGUGGUUAGAAGUGGGGGAUGCCAACACGGCUUAUUUCCAUAAUGUUGUGAAAUGCCGUAACCAUGUUAACAAAAUCCACACUAUCAAAGAUAUGGAAGGUAAUCAUCAUGACGGUGAGGGGGUGGCGAAUGCGUUAGUUGACCAUUUUAAAGUUUUUCUUGGUAAUAAAGGAAAUGUGUCUAAGAAGCUGGAUCCGAGCAUCAUUUCUACAAAGCUCAGCCCUCAGGUCGCUACUCAUAUGUGUAGGCAAGUCACUGUUGAAGAGGUAAAGGGUGCUAUUUUUUCGAUUAAUGAGAAUAAAUCCCCGGGUCCGGAUGGUUAUACGUCUGAAUUUUUUAAAAAAUCUUGGGAGAUUAUCGGGUCUGAUGUCACUAUGGCAGUUCUCGACUUUUUUGAAUCAGGCAGACUGCUCCAAGAGAUAAACCAUACGUUCUUAGCCUUGAUUCCAAAGGUGGCCACUCCUAGUAUUGUUACGGACUACAGGCCGAUUUCAUGUUGUAAUGUUAUUUACAAAGGUAUUAGCAAGAUCAUAACUAACAGGAUUCUUGAGGGCCUUAAUGUGAUUAUUAGUGAAAACCAAUCGGCGUUUGUGCCGGGGAGAAGAAUAUCCGAUAACAUUCUUCUAACUCAAGAACUCAUGCAUAAUUAUCACCGGCAAGUCGGCCCUCCGAGAUGUGCUUUCAAGGUGGACAUUCAGAAGGCCUAUGACACGGUGGACUGGGAUUUUCUUCGUGACAUCCUUCAUGGGUUUGGCUUCAAUCAACGGUUCAUCGGUUGGAUUAUGGAAUGUGUUACAUCCACGUCUUUUUCCUUAAGCAUCAAUGGAAACAUACAUGGGUAUUUCCGGGGUGAGAGGGGCUUACGUCAAGGAGACCCUAUGUCUCCUUAUUUAUUCACCAUGGUUAUGGAAGUUCUAACUCUACUUCUUCGAAAAGCAGCUGAUUCGGAACCAUCUUUUAGAUUCCAUAACAAGUGUGAAAAACAGAUGAUUAUAAAUGUUUGCUUUGCAGAUGAUCUCCUUAUCUUUGCUAGGGGUAAUACUCAAUCGGCGAGGGUUAUCAUGGACUCUUUGCUGAAUUUUAAGGAUGUUUCGGGCCUGGCUCCAAGUAAUUCUAAAAGUUCUGCGUUUUUUUGCAAUGUUUCUAGUAGCAUUAAAUCCAGAAUCAUGGAGUUUGUUCCUUUCGAGGAGGGUAAGUUGCCGAUUAAGUAUCUUGGGGUUCCUCUUUUGGCGUCUCGGCUUCUUGUUAAAGAUUGUAAAGUUCUGGUGGAAAGAAUGGAUAAAAGGAUCAUGGAUUGGAAGAAUAAAUUCCUUUCAUUUGCGGGUAGGCUUCAAUUGGUGAUCUCGGUCCUCUCAUCUAUUCAUGCGUAUUGGGCUUCGGUUUUCUUGUUACCAUCGAGUAUUAUUAAGGAGCUGGAAAAUAAGAUGAAGUGGUUCUUAUGGGGUUAUGGUACAGCCGCUAAAGGUAGAGCAAAAGUUGCCUGGAAAGAGGUGUGUCUUCCUAAGUCUGAAGGAGGCCUUGGCAUUAGACGUAUUCUUGAUGUUAAUCGAUCUCUUAUGACGUAUCACAUCUAUAGUAUUCUUUCGGAAAGGAAAUCCCUUUGGACUAAGUGGGUGUUGAUUCAUAGGUUAAAAAACCGUAGCUUUUGGGACAUUCCUAUACAUAGUAACUCGCCUUGGAGUUGGAGGAAAUUACUGAAAUUUAGACAUGUCGUUAGGCCUUUUUUCUGGUCCAAAAUCGGUAAUGGCGAAUCUAUAUCCUUAUGGUUUGAUAAGUGGUGUAGUCACGGUCCGCUGUGUGAUUUUGUUACUCAUAGACGAAUGGCACAACAUGGUUUUAGUAUGUUCUCUAAGCUUGCGGAUGCUGUUGAUGGUGGUAACUGGGCUUGGCCUGAAGCUUGGAGGAAUUUAUUCCCUGUCCUUUUUCAGCUCCAACCCGUUAUGUUAUCGUCUGGUGUUCAAGAUAGAAUCAUGUGGAUGAAUUCCGAAGGUAACUUGGUCUCGUUUGAGUCUAAGGAGGUGUGGGCGGCUAUUCGUUCUAGGGGUCAAGCUGUUGAUUGGUCGAAUGUUAUUUGGUCUCGGUUCAAUAUUCCUAGGCAUGCUUUCAUUAGUUGGCUGAUUCUUAAAAAGAAGUUGUGGACUCAGGAUAGAAUUCUCCACUGGAAUCAUACCGUAACCGGUUCUAUGAACCAAAUGUGUUGUCUUCUCUGUUAUACAGGUAUUGAAACAAGGGAUCACUUGUUUUUUGAGUGCAGCUACUCAAAGAAGGUGUGGCAUGAUGUUCGAGAGAAAGGAGAUAUGUCUCGGAUCAAUGGAAAAUGGGACGUCAUUAUGCAAUGGCUGGUUCCUAGAGCUACUCAUCGUUCCGUGAAGGAGGUUACGAGCAGACUUAUAGUGGAAGCUUCGGCGUAUUAUAUUUGGAGGGAAAGGAAUGCCAGGUUCUUCAACAACCAACUUAGACCGCCAGAACAAAUUGUGGAACUUAUUUUGCAUACGGUCAGAUCAAAAUUGCUCUCUUUCAAGUACAAAGCCAGUGCCAAUGUCAACAGGUUCUUGGAGAAGUGGAACGUGCAUGGGGCCGAGACCUUUGAUGACCAUUGUUAG